UUUUCUUCCGCAAGUGCCAUGUGCAUCCAAACAAUCUGCCGCAGUCACUGAAGACUGAUCUGAUAACCUCGAAUUUUUAUUUCAAUUUGUAGGGCUUAUCACGUGAACGUUUGUAAUUGUUAAAUGCUGCAGCCAUAGCUGAAUUCCAAGGAAGAAACAACAUGACUAUGAUGGUCGCUGCAAGAGUAAUCGCAGCCACAACAGCUCGAUCAGUGGUGCGAUCGACCAGGCUCCCUCUUCAAUCUCCAUCGCUAUAUGUGUUUGCUCAGCGGAAAUCUCACUCCCACACGCUUCUCAUUCGUCAGAUGAGCUCCGAGGCGCCGAGCGUUGUUACUCGUCUUCAAAGUUCUGGAUUGUUUCGAAGCCAAGGCCUUAUUGGAGGGAAGUGGAUUGAUGCUUAUGAUGGGAAGACCUUUAAGGUUCAUAAUCCAGCCAAUGGUGAAGUUAUAACCAAUGUCCCGCUCAUGGGCAAAAGGGAAACCGAUGAUGCUAUUUCUUCAGCUCAUGAUGCUUUUAAGUCUUGGAGCAAGCUCACUGCAGCUGAUCGGAGUAAUCGCUUACGGAAAUGGUAUGAGCUCCUAAUUGCCCACAAAGAAGAGCUUGGACAACUGAUAACCUUGGAACAAGGAAAACCCUUAAAGGAAGCUAUGGGUGAGGUUACCUAUGGAGCCAGCUUUAUUGAGUUCUUUUCUGAGGAAGCAAAGCGAGUAUAUGGUGACAUAAUCUCACCAACUUUAGCGGAUCGACGACUCUUUGUCUUGAAGCAGCCAGUUGGAGUUGUUGGUGUUAUUACCCCUUGGAACUUUCCAUUGGCUAUGAUUACAAGAAAGGUUGGACCUGCUCUUGCAUGUGGUUGUACGGUGGUCAUAAAACCUGCGGAACUUACCCCCUUGACAGCUUUAGCAGCAGCUGAGCUCUCACUUCAAGCUGGAAUUCCUGCAGGAGUCGUGAAUGUGGUUAUGGGAGAUGCUCCAGCUGUUGGGGAUGCUAUACUUGCAAGUUCUCAGGUAAGAAAGAUCACGUUUACUGGCUCAACGGCAGUUGGAAAAAAGUUGAUGGCAGGAGCUGCUGGAACUGUUAAAAGGGUGUCCUUAGAACUUGGUGGUAAUGCCCCUUGCAUAGUCUUUGAUGACGCAGAUGUGGAUGUUGCAGUAAAAGGAGCCAUUGCAGCGAAGUUCCGAAAUACUGGACAGACUUGUGUUUGUGCGAAUAGAAUUUUUGUUCAAGAAGGUAUAUACGAGAAAUUUGCUGAUGCUUUCUCAAAAGCUGUGCAAAGUCUGCAAGUUGGUGAUGGUUUCGGGGAAGGUGUAUCUCUGGGUCCUUUAAUUAAUGAAGCUGCCGUGCAGAAGGUUGAGAAAUUUCUUCAAGAUGCCACCACAAAGGGAGCAAAAGUUCUUCUUGGAGGUAAAAGACACAGCCUUGGAAUGACAUUUUUUGAGCCUACAGUUCUUACUGACGUGAAGAAUGACAUGCUUUUAUCCAGGGAGGAAAUAUUUGGUCCCGUGGCACCCUUACUGCCAUUCAGAACAGAGGAGGAAGCAAUUGCUCUCGCUAAUGACACCAAUGCAGGAUUAGCUGCUUACAUAUUCACAAAUAGUAUUCAACGUUCAUGGAGAGUGACUGAAGCUCUUGAAUACGGAUUGGUUGGUGUUAAUGAAGGCUUGAUUUCUACAGAGGUGGCUCCAUUUGGUGGCGUUAAACAGUCGGGCCUUGGUCGGGAGGGGUCAAAAUAUGGGCUGGACGAGUAUCUUGAGCUGAAAUAUGUUUGCCUGGGAAACAUGGGCGGCAACUAGUGAGCGAGUGCUGCAACACUUUGGAGUCACUGUUCCGGGAAUAAUGGUCUUGGGCUUCUUCUAAGCCCAAUGACCAAAUAAAAACCAGAUCAUCAAGGCCCAAUAAGCAUGAUCAACAACAAGUCAAGUUCGUUUCUGUUUCCCCAAUCUUUGUAAAAGUGUUCUGCAAGUUCAAUAUUUUAAUGUUUGGAGUGUUUCCUUAUCAGUUUUCAUUCUAUUACUUUGCAUCACUUUAACUAAGAUAAUUAAAGAAAUUAUUCUCAAAACUA